CUAGUGCGCUCGCGGGGACGCGCGCGCCGUCGCUGGCACCGUCGGUUGCUCUCGGCGCGCGCUGCCCGGCGUACGCCGCUGCUCGCUGUCAGCUGCUCGCGCGGCGCUCCCCGCCCUUGGCGCGCGCGCGCUGCCCGUGCCUCUCGCUCCGUCUUCUCAGUCCGCCCGCGGCUCCGUUACGCGGCGGCGGGUUCCUGCUCCUGUCUCCUCACCGCCCUCCCCCGCUCUGCUCGCCCCGGCGUCUGCCCGCGCCCAGCACCCUCGGCGACGGCAGCGCGGGCCCCGCCACCGGCGCCGGCACUCGGGAAUUACCUGGGCUUCAAAAUGAAAGUGAGGAAGAAGAAUCCCCAGAAGUAUUAAUUUGAACAAUAAUUAUUGCUAAUAAAUUAGGAGUGAAGAGAGUUAGAAAUGACCACAUAUUGAGAUUUUGGAGGAGGUCUUCCUGCAGUCAGUUACUCAUUUCACUGGCUGCUGGACUAGUGGAAUUACUUUUUAACCUGCAAGCCCAUGAUGCACUUGCGUUUAUUUCCUGCUAUCAUGGAACGGAUUUCAUAGCUGGCUGUAGUCUCUUCAUCUUCGGUCUUCUAUGGAACCAGGAGACUCUUUGCUUUCAUACGUGAAAGAUUUUUCCACCGUUUAUACUAUAGAUGAAGAAUGAUGUGUUAUUAAUGCUUUCUGUGUACAGCCCAAUAAUGAUCUUUGAGGAGCUGCAUUAAGAUAAACACUGAAAAUAUUCUUCCUGUGGUACAAUGUGGUGAAGCAGAGGAACUGAAAUUGUCCACUUUUGUACAAGCUAAAGACUUAAAAUGUUUGUUAUUUUGUGAGCAAAAGCAGUUCUGGAGUGAAUUGAACUUCUGAAAAUGCGGCCAUGGACUGGUUCCUGGCGUUGGAUUAUGCUCAUCCUCUUUGCUUGGGGAACUUUACUUUUUUAUAUUGGUGGACACCUGGUACGAGACAGUGAGCACCCAGAUCACUCUAGUCGGGAAUUAUCCAAGAUACUUGCUAAACUUGAACGUUUAAAGCAGCAAAAUGAAGACUUAAGGCGAAUGGCAGAAUCUCUCAGGAUACCAGAUGGUCCCAUUGAUCAGGGACCAGCUGCAGGAAAGGUACAUGCUUUAGAGGAGCAACUUUUAAAGGCCAAAGAACAGAUAGAAAACUUUAAGAAGCGGACAGGAGAUGGAGGCCUUGGAAAAGACCAUGAAAUAUUGAGGAGGAGGAUUGAAAAUGGGGCUAAGGAACUUUGGUUUUUCCUCCAGAGUGAACUGAAGAAGCUGAAAAAUCUAGAAGGAACUGAACUGCAAAGACGCAUUGAUGAAUUUCUGUCUGAUUUGGGUCAUCAGGAAAGGUCGAUAAUGACCGACUUGUACUACCUCAGUCAAACAGAUGGAGCAGGAGACUGGCGAGAAAAAGAGGCCAAAGAUCUAACAGAAUUGGUACAGAGGAGAAUAACUUAUCUACAGAACCCAAAGGAUUGCAGCAAAGCUAAGAAACUUGUCUGUAAUAUCAACAAAGGCUGUGGCUAUGGUUGUCAACUUCAUCAUGUAGUUUACUGCUUCAUGAUCGCUUACGGCACUCAGCGAACCCUCAUUUUAGAGUCUCAGAAUUGGCGCUACGCUACCGGUGGCUGGGAAACUGUGUUUAGGCCUGUAAGCGAGACAUGUACUGACAGAUCAGGUACCACCACUGGGCACUGGUCAGGUGAGACUAACGAUAAGGAUGUUCAGGUGGUGGAACUUCCCAUUGUUGACAGCUUACACCCACGGCCACCUUAUUUACCGUUGGCUAUCCCUGAAGACUUGGCUGACAGACUAAUUCGUGUACAUGGGGAUCCUGCGGUGUGGUGGGUCUCGCAAUUUGUGAAAUACUUGAUUCGUCCACAGCCUUGGUUAGAAAAAGAAAUAGAGGAAGCCACGAGGAAACUUGGUUUCAAACAUCCAGUGAUUGGUGUUCAUGUCCGAAGGACAGACAAAGUAGGAACAGAGGCAGCAUUUCAUCCCAUCGAAGAAUAUAUGGUACAUGUUGAAGAGCGGUUUGAACUUCUUGCUCGCAGAAUGCAGAUUGACAAAAAAAGAGUAUAUUUGGCUACAGAUGAUCCUUCAUUGUUGCAAGAGGCAAAAUCCAAGUAUCCAAAUUACGAAUUUAUCAGUGAUAACUCCAUAUCCUGGUCAGCAGGACUUCAUAACCGGUACACUGAAAACUCCCUAAGAGGUGUUAUUCUGGAUAUUCACUUUUUAUCUCAGGCAGACUUCCUGGUCUGUACAUUUUCAUCCCAGGUUUGUCGAGUUGCCUAUGAAAUUAUGCAGACAUUGCAUCCAGAUGCUUCAGCAUAUUUCCAUUCUUUGGAUGAUAUCUACUACUUUGGUGGACAGAAUGCCCACAAUCAGGUUGCUAUUUAUGCUCAUCAUCCACGAACUGCUGAUGAAAUUCCUAUGGAACCUGGAGAUUUAAUUGGAGUAGCUGGAAACCACUGGGAUGGUUAUUCAAAAGGCAUCAAUAGGAAACUAGGAAGAACAGGCCUGUACCCGUCCUAUAAAGUUAAGGAGAAAAUUGAGACAGUCAAGUAUCCUACAUACCCAGAGGCUGACAAGUAGACUGACGACAAGGACGACGUUCGGCAGUAAUUCUCAAGUUUGAUUGGUUUGAACCAGCCAACACGCUAACUAAUGGUUUAUAUGGGAUUUGAAUUUGCAUUUUAACAUGCAGUUAAAAUCAAAGCCUUUAGCAAUGAAACUGGAUGAGAAGCUGAAAACAAAUGGAUGGGCUAUUAUAUGAACUUACUCUUAGACAGUUUUUGUUAUAUGCACUCUCACACAUGCACACACAAAACUGCAUACAACAGGAAAACGGUUGUUUUAUACUUUUUGUCUCUUUUCAGGAUUCGUCCCAGUCAUUAGUUUAAUGUGAGCUUCGAGCUCUUUUCUCUGCCAUUAAUUGACAAUAAUGUUCAGACUUAUAACACUGCCACAUUGUGUAAUUUGAGUGACAUGAACAUAUUUUGUAUGUGCAAAAUUUAAAACGUGGUGCCUAUAUUUGAAAAACUUGUGACCUUUUUAGAAGAGCCAUCCCUAUUUCACAGUGGGCAGGAGUCAAUCUUCAACUGGUGUUACCAUGACCACUGAACUUGCUUCAAACAAUAGAUUCAAAUUUCAGACUAGAUUUCUUUAUAAGUUUAUUUUUAACAUUCCAUUGAUUACUUCUCGUCAUUAAUAAAAUAAAGGAUACAUCCAACAUUAAAGAAGUCACUGUCUGUUAGGAACUUUUGUAAAACAAUGCCAUGAACAGAUUCUUUAGUACUCAUAAUGUUUCUGGACAUUGUCUUUGAUUGAAAACAAAUCAAACAAACCACAAAAUGACAAAGAAAAAGUAGCUGGAAUUUCAUUACAUUUUUAAAUGCUCAUUAGUACCACAACUGCUUAGGGACACAGUGUUGCUCUGUUCUGUGGACAGUGGGUUUCAACACAAUGACUUCAAUGGCUCAAUUUCUUACAUUUACUCAAGCACUGUUCUUUUACCUUCUGUGUUCCUCUUCUGAAAAUAUUUUUUUAGGGUAUUGUAGAUGGCCAUUUAUCAUUUUGGCAUUGAAUGUAGUUACUUUUAAGUGGAAUACUUCAGGUUGUCACAUUUAUAGAACUAGUCGAUCUAGGGUACUCUAAAAAAGUCUAAUAAUUUACCCCAAAAAUAGUAGGUUCCAAGAAAAUAUACACAAGGAUUAAUUUUAUGCAUGACAUAAAAUUGUUAGUAAUUCUUAGUGUUCCAAAAUCUGUUUCUGUUCUGCUCUCUGUUAAGAAAAGAGAUAAUUUACAGAACAAUUUUCCAAAAAUAUUUUAGAAUUGGGGGUUGUAUGUAUAUAUAUAUAUAUAUAUAUAUAACUCAAUGUACAAGACAUCAAGAGAUUAUUUCCCAAUAGAAAUAAUAUUAAUAGCCUAAUACAGGUUCUAGUGCAAGCCAGUCUGGAAUACUGGAAGCGCAGAAAAUGGUUACUAUUGAGACACUGAGAAAAUGCCACAUAGGUAAAGAUUUAAAAAGCAUGACUGGUUAACCUUAAAAAAGCAAAAGUUUAAAGGAUAUUUAGUUAUAUUUAUGAAUAUACCAAGGGCAGUGUUGGUAUAAGGAAUGGAUGCACUUGACCAAGAAUAAAUUUUAGGCUGAAAAGUAAAAUGAAAUCUCUGGCAGCGUGAAAUUCUGCAACAAUCUUCCAAUCUACAUAGUGGCAAGAUGGAACUUGACUGGUAUGUAAAUGAAUUAACAAAGUGUUUCUCUCUGACAUUACUUGCAGGACUGAUCCUAUAGAUCCCUUCCAGUUAUGUGUUCCUCAACUGAAAAACUGUUUUGUGUCUUGGAAAAGAUCAAAGUUGAAAAGUACUGUGGAAAAUUAAAAAAAAAAAACACAUUAUCUUUUAAUAGUAUUAAAUAGACACAUCAGUAAAAAUGAGCAUAAAUACCAAAUGGGAUUCAAAGAUGGACUGAAGGAUAAAAGCAAAUGAAUAGGAGUGGCCAAGAAUGCUAAAGAUGAUAAAUUUUUAUGACAAAAGAUGGCUAGAGUUACCUGGUGUUUCUGUAUUUUGAAACUACUAAGGAAGCUGUUUAAUGUUAGUUUCCUGUGUAAGUGAUUCUGAUAAAUUUUUGACUAGCUUAACCAAACUUGUGAUAUUUCAGAGGCACAAAUGUAGGCUAAAUUAUAACUUCUUUUUUACUCAAAUUUGAAUUGUACGUAUAAAGCUAUUGCUACAUUUCAACUUGGAAAAAAAUCCAAGGCCACAGAUAUUUCUUCCUCAAUGUUUCAAUCAAUACAUUUUAUCUUUGCGAAAACUAAUUUAAUUAUUUCUCCACAAAUACUACACUAUCUAUUUGAUAUUUAUAGAUUUUGAAAAUGUUUUGGUUUUGAAGCUCUUUACUUACAGCUUUAGAGCUCAUCAUUUCCAGCGCAUUUCUUAGAGUGCAGAAAUAGUGUUCAUAAAUGAAUUAACAUAGGAAAAUUGCUCCAUAGUCAGGUAACUCAACUGAAAUAAUGACUAAAGAAGAUCAAUAACAGAAGGUAUAAGACAAGCCCAAAGGCAAGAGCAGAUCUUCUGAUAUAGUAAUGAGACAAAUGAAAACAGUGAUGUUAUAGAAGAUGUAUAAUGUGACAGUUCCUGAACAGAAUAUAUCUGGCAAAAUAUUGGCAAGGUACAUGUGCCUCCUUACAUAUUCUAAAUACCUAAUUAAUAAUUAGCUCAUCAUCUUUGAGAAAAUGAUCAUGAAAUUAUAUGAAAUUAAAAAUUAUUGUUAAUAAUUAACAAAUGUACAAAUUAUGAUCCUGUAGUGCUUAUAAUGCAUUACUUGUCAGAGGAAGAAAACUAGCAAUAGGCUGUAUACUAGAUGCAUCUGUUUCUAGCGAUUUGUUCUGUUUAAGACUACCGUAUAUUUAAAUCUUGGAAUCAUAGAACCUUGGGGCAUUAAAACUGAAUUUGUUUUAUAUUAAACGAAAUGAAUAUUAGAGACUUUGUUCUCAACUAAGGUGGAGUCCAGGUAGUAUGGAAAGAUCUAUGGGUAACUGAAAAUGAGACCCCCAGAUUUUUAUUGUAGCUCACAGAAAAGUGAAAUAAUAGGAAAUUAAAAAAUUGUCUUAAAUACCUGAAAGAAAGCUGAAUCUUUUGAAAGUUCUGAACUUGUUAAGAUCCUAACCAGAAUGCUUGCAAGCAAGCAAGUAUACAUCUUGUUUCUUCCGUUCACCUUAUAGCUCUGCAACAAUCCAGUCAUGUAAUUUUUGCCUCAUACCAAACCACCAAGUUUGACAUCCAUAAAACAAAGAUAGCCCUCAUACUCAGAGAAGCUAAUGUUCAAUUAAUUUUUUCCUCUUUAAGAAGCAUUUGUGUGUGUGUGUGUGUGUGUAUGUGUAUGUGUGUGUAUGUUGUGCUCAUAAAAGGAAUAUGAACAGUACUCUUUUUGUUCUUUGCUAUUUUACAUUAUCAUUGUCAUGUUUUCUGUAAUAAGGUAUUUGCCAGGUACAUGUAGUCUCUGGAAACUGAAUAUGCUACUUGCUUCUUACCAGCUGGGCUAAGAAAUUUAUUCUAGGUAGUUCAGUUGAUUAGUCUUCUGUGUCAUUGGUGCACCUGGAGACUGGGGUCAGCAGCAGCAGUUUGCAGCUGCCACUGCAGUGACACCAACCUGAGUUCUGUCCUUGAUUUUCAGUCCAGCCUACAGUCAAAUGCGUGGGAUUCCCAAGCCUCUCUACCAACAUCCUUUCCCUGUGAACUGCAGAGUAUUAUGGAUUUGUUCAUGAAGGAUGAUGUUUUAUUUCAAAACUUUUAAAUAUUUACCUUCAAAGAAGUCUUUGUCUUCCCUUAUAUCACUGAAUUUUAAGGAAAUUUGCAAUUACCAGAAGAUUUCUCUCCACUGGUUUUUCAGAAAAGAAAACUGAUGAUACCUUUCUUAUGGAGAGAUAUGCACAAUGUGAAAGUUUCCUCCAUAAUGGGUUUUCUGUUUCUUUGGUAUGCAAUUGUAAAGUAAGGGUCUUGUCUUCUGAGCUAGGAACAUAAUAGAAUAUGAAAUUUUCAUUAUAAAUUAUUGAUAAGGAGAAGGAGAUUUUCCUUCAUGCCUGUGGAGUAGCACAUGUGGAACUUUUUCAAAACAGUGAAUUGAGUUUCUUUGCAAUGUAAUCUCUCGACUGUCUGAAGAAUCCAAGUAAAAAUCUUCUGUUUAGCUUGGGAGGCAAGAAGGAGAGAGUAAUAAGAAGACAUGAUAUUGUACUUUAAAUUGCAAUAUAAAUUCAUAAAGCCACAAACAAACCUUUCACUGUUAGGUUCAGGACCUCUGCCAGCAAAAUUGUUCUGCUCUUUACCAGAAAUACUUAAAAUUUGCAACCCUUCUUUUGACUUUGCCUAAUUCUAAUCCCAGUUAUGUGUAUAAAUAUCAUGCGGGUCAUAUUGUGGUCAUUGGUUGUUACUAUAUUACAGUUUCAUAUUUGGGUGGCUUGGGAGCAGGCUGUCAAAGGGCACAAAUUUUGUUUGGUUUACUUAUUGUGUUGAAUGAAAAUUACCUUUAAAACUCACAAAAAUCCCAUUUGCCUAAGGCACCACUAGAAUUCUAUUUGUAGUCUACAGAUUUUUGUCAAGAUCCCCUAUAUGUACCUGCAAGCUUAUCAGAAGAAAUACUGAAGCAAAUAAAGUUAUGCAUAAAUAUCAACCUCAAACAGGUUGAGUUAGA